AUGGAGGGGGCAACUCAGAGACCUUUGAGGAACAGCCCGAACCCGACACACACCUACUACCGCACAACUCAAGGCCAAACCCCACCAGGCUCAACGUCAGGAAGCCCCAAGGUGAAGAUUGAGGAGUUUACAAGCCUCCCAGGGCUACGCAAUGUCGUACCGACUGAAGUGAGCUCGCCUGUGAAACUCCCUAGUUUAGGAGAGUUCGACCAAGGUGUAGAGGAUCUCAUCAGAGCACAUGGACCUGUGAAGACCGAGGCCAUAUUAUCUCCACUUCAUGGACUCACUCGCAACCCGACUGUUCUUGAACCUUUAGCCUCUAUCACACAACCUCAGCCAUCAUGGUCUAUGAGAAACAGUUCCACCGAGAACAUGGUCAGCGAACAAUCAAACUCCAGGCGAGGGACUAUCCUCAGGCCUAACCAGUACCCUUUUCCCGCCGACUAUUCACGGCAAUCUAUGAGCAGCUUCAGCAACCCAGACACGUACUACAGAUAUGGUAGCAGUCAAUCUCUUCAGGGCCUGCCAGGCAUGGACUGUUACCCAAGCCCACCCCCAGAAGGGGGCGAAAGCCGUCAUAUCAACCAAAAGUAUACCACAGAAGAGGGUGACUAUAUCAUCUACGCAUGGCACGACAAGAAGAUGAAAUGGCAGCAAAUUAAGCAGGAGUUUGCUGCGAGAUUUGGGAACACACCCGAGCGUACUGUCCAAGGUCUCCAAGCUUGGUAUUAUCGUAUGAACCAACGCAUACCUAUUUGGGAUCAGGAGGGUUGGCUUUGCUUCGAUGACGAAGACGACCUCGAACCUCAACAUGUCAGUAUCAAGUGUCGUGAACGCGACAGCCAGGAUAAACCCUCAGAGCCACUUGGUCUCGCCCAACGGUACCCUGAGAGGGCUAUCCACUACUCUUGGGUUGAUCCUGAGAUCAAAUUCAAGUCCAGCGACUGGGCUGCAAAGCGAGCUAUGCAAUAUCGCGACAGGCGAGAGCGACGCCGAAGAAAGGAGCAGCGUCGCCUCAAGCUAUGA